AUGAACUCACCGCCUUACAAGUGGACAACAACGAGAGCGCUUGAACUGCUCAAGAAUGAUUCCAUUUCGGUGGAGGCGUAUGCCCAAUCGCUCCUGGGCCGUAUCCAGGAGAGAGAUCGCGCUACCAAAGCAUGGGCGUAUCUCGGUAAGUCCCUGAAAGAAAUGGAGGAAACAAUCGUGCACCUCAAUCACAUGGCUCACGGAGAACAAGAUCCCGAGCUCGUACUGAGCCAAGCUCGACUUCUGGACAAUGUUCCCAUUGCGGAAAGAGGACCUUUACAUGGGCUCGCUGUCGGAAUCAAGGAUAUGAUGGCCACGAAAGAUACGCCCACAGAAUAUGGCUCUCGCAUCUACGGCGGACACCAACCAAGUGCCGACUCACAUGCGGUUUCAAUUCUUCGAGCGGCUGGUGCACUUAUCUUUGGUUCGCAACACACUCAAAUCACUUUUCCCUAG